CUAUUUUGAGAUUUUAAAAUCUACAAAAUAAUGUAUAAACAGUUCAUAGUCUCCUGUCUAGUGAUUGCUUUGCAAAUAGUCAAAGCACAACAACAACAGUAUACUACACCAGUGCCAAUUCUAAAACAGAUCGAUAGACAAAAUUCCGAUGGUUCUUACACGUACGGAUAUGAAGCGGCAGAUAAAAGUUUUAAAAUUGAAACGAAAUAUCCCAAUGGGGAGGUGUAUGGUAAAUAUGGCUAUGUCGACGAUCAGGGGAAUGUACGAGAAAUAGAGUAUGGAGCCACAAAAAGAGGUUUUGAGCCGGCAGGCAGUGAUAUAAAUGUCCCACCACCUACUUUAACCAAUAGUAAGGCUACACCUUUGGGUCCCAAUGAAAUAGACGAUGGCCAGUAUCGUGAAAAUCCUGCCGAUUAUUAUAAAGGUCAAAAGUAUAAUCGUCCUGUUGCGGCCAGUAAAUUCUCUUUAGAUAACUAUCAGCAGCCCAGACCCCAACCAGCCUAUAACCCAGCUCCCGCCUACAAUCCACCUUCUGCGUUUAAUCAUGCACCUGCUUUUCGACCUCAAGCACCAGCUCCCGCUCCUCAACCCCAAUAUUAUAAUCCACCACCACCACAGCCCCACUAUCAACCCAAUUACUAUCAACAACCUCAAGCACCACGACCUCAAUACAAUCCCUAUAAUCCCAGCAGUUCACCCAGUCACUUCCAUCCGGCCGUUAAAAGUCUUGAUAUUUGGAGUGGUUCUUAUAGUUUGGAUUAUACGGGUAGAAAGUAGAACUAAUGGAGCACUAUUAAGCUCCAGCAGUUGUUGAAGAUGUGUCAAGAGAGUUUAGUUAUUUUAAGUGCAUAAGAAAUUAAAAAAAAACUUGUUAGAAGUAUAGAAUAUCCCUAGAUUGUCACCAUUUAAGACUAAAUGUUAAAAGUUAUAACAUCACUUUUUGUUUAUGUAUGUGUAAAUAACGAUAUUAGAUAUAUAAAUAAAAAUAUAAAAUUUUUCUUA